AUGGGAGCGAUACUAACGCGGCCGGAGAUCAAGCCCUUCCGGACGAUCGACAUCCUCCGGGAGGGCGUCAUCGCAGGAGAGGAGCAGAGCGCGAUGGCCGACAACAGCGUGGUGACCUCCAAGUACAACGUGAUCACCUUCGUGCCCAGGUCGCUCUUCGAGCAGUUCCGGCGGAUAGCGAACGUCUACUUCCUCGUGAUCAGCGUGCUGAUGAUGCUCGGCUGGUACACCGAUCUGUUCGAGAGCCCGCUGGCGCCCUUCUCCACCCUCAUCCCGCUCAUCCUCGUGCUCAGCGUAACCAUGAUCAAGGACGGGGCCGAGGACCUCAAGAGACAUCGUUCCGAUAACCGGGCUUGCAUGCGUUUGAUGUGA